AUGUACCGUCAUCGUGCUGGUAUCGAAAAUGUUGAGAAUCGACGUAGAAAAUUGAUAGAUCAAUUUGUGUUUGAGCUGGCUCAGCUGUGGGUUGUGGCCAGAUGUAGAUGCCCGGUGAUGAAGGGGUGGCACUCGUUAUCACAUUUGGAUUGUUUUUCGGUUGAUCCAUGGCUGGUCGAUGAAUUAAGGACUUGCACAGAGAACCUGGUUGAUUCGCUGGACGGGAGGAACAAUAAUAAAGUCAUCAUGAGACCAAGGCAAGUUUAACAUAACCAAAACCUCAGAACUUGUAUAAAUUCGACCAUUGGAUCCCUUUGAACCAUACUUGUGACUCUGAAAAAAAAAUUGUAAAAAUUUACAAUUUCAGUGACGCAAUCCGAUGGAGACAGAGCAUUGAACGUCGGUUAAGCCGUUGCUCCGAAAGUUCGGACAGUCUUACAAAUAUCGUUGAGCCAGAUUCUCUAUGCAACAGUUCGAGACGAUAA